CCCCAAAACCCAAACCCACACAAAACAACAAAACUCCAAACCUUUCUCCCCUUUCUCUCUCUUCGCUCCCACUUUUUCUCUCUCUAACCUUCUCUACUCCAUCAAUGGCUUCCUAACCUCUUCCGAACAACCAUUAUCUCCGUCAUCACACAACCAUAAACCUCUCUAAAAUGUCGCAAAACGACGUCGUACGCUUCCAUGGAAACCUAGACCCAUCAGCUCAAGAGUUCCGACCCACAUACCAUCCCCAUCACCACCUCCCUUUUCUCCCUCAUCCACCACUACAACCUUUUUACCCGGAUUCUAUUUACUUACCCGUUCAAAUAAACCCGAAUCCGCUACCUAGUCCAGUUUUUGUUCCGCCGUCAAUUCCACCGCCGGCGUCAUCUCCGACUAGAGCACUUCUUUUAACUGCCGUCCCCGCCGACGUUAGCGAAUCGUUAAUCCGACGAGAACUUGAAAUCUUUGGCGAUGUUAGAGCCGUUCAGAUGGAGAGAGUUUCAGAAGGAAUAGUAACCGUUCAUUUUUAUGAUCUAAGGGUUGCACAUGCAGCUCUUGAUUCCGUACGUGAACAACACAUGCAACACCAGAAUCGCCUCCGUAUUUACUAUUCUUCUAUUUUGGCGCCAAAUAAUACUGGCCCGAUUCCUGGACUUGAGGUUUUAGCUGGCCCACCUCCGCCGCCUCCUCCUUCUCCUGGACUCAUUGCGGGCCGGCCGGUUUGGGCACAGUUUUGUAUUCCUGCUACAAACGCUUUUCCGGACGGUCAAAAUCAGGGCACUAUCGUCAUUUUCAAUCUUAACCCUACUCUUUCUGCUCUUGCUCUCAAGGACAUCUUCCAAACAUUUGGGGCGGUUAAGGAAUUAAGAGAGACGCCAUUGAAGAGGCAUCAAAGAUUUGUAGAGUUCUAUGACGUUCGAGAUGCUUCUAGAGCUUUAUUAGAAAUGAAUGGGAAAGAAAUCAAUGGUAGAAGUGUGAUGAUAGAGUAUAGUAGACCUGGUGGACAUUCUAACAAGAAGUUUAACCACCAUUUCAAUCCAAUCAACAAAAACUUCAGCGCCCACAAUCAUAGUACCAAUGACCAAAUUCUAAAUCCCCCAUUACUUCCGCCACAACAACCUCCUCCAUUCAAUCUCCGCCACAAAAGAACAUCCCCUCGACAGAAUGCUCGGUGUCGUCGAAGCUCUCCAAGUAGCGAGGAGUCUCUUGAAGCUGCCAUGAAUGGUCUUGCACUACGAGGUGGUAACGGAAAUGGUAAUAGGAAUAGGAUUAGAAAUGAGGAGAGAGAAAAUGUUGGUGUUAGGAACAGUGGUGGGAAUAACAAUGGAAAUUGUUCGAGUCAUAAAUCAUUGACGAAAACAAAACCAUGGAAAGGGAAACAAAAGAAUUUUGAUCCAAGGUUUUUGAUUAAGGAAGAAGCAGUUAUUGAAGAAAGUGGUUCAUGUAAAGAUAAUAGGACUACUGUUAUGAUCAAGAACAUACCCAACAAGUAUAGUCAGAAGCUGUUGUUGAAUAUGUUAGACAAUCACUGCAUACACUGCAAUGAACAGAUAACAGCUGCUGAAGAAGAUGAUGAUUUGCCAUUGUCUUCCUACGAUUUUGUUUACCUCCCAAUAGAUUUCAACAACAAAUGCAAUGUGGGAUAUGGGUUUGUGAAUAUGACUUCCCCAGAAGCUACUUUGAGGUUAUACAAGGCUUUCCAUCAUCAACAUUGGGAAGUUUUUAAUUCUCGCAAGAUUUGUGAGGUCACUUAUGCUAGAGUUCAGGGAUUGGAAGCAUUGAAAGAGCAUUUUAAGAACUCAAAAUUCGCAUGUGAGAACGACGAGUAUCUUCCCGUAGUAUUCUCCCCGCCUCGAGAUGGUCGAAACUUACCUGCUCCGCUCCCAAUCGUUUUCUCCAACACUACCACAUCAUCCACCGUUCAUCUCGAGUGCACCGACAUUGAUGGCUCUGAUUUCGCCUCAUCCACUACCUCCACAAUAACCACCCAUCAUUUUGAUCAUGAUAAUAGUAAUACCAUCAGUGGUGGAGAUCAAGAGGCUACUAAUGACAAUAGUAAUGAUGAUGAUAGUACUACAACUAGGUCAUCAAACGGCGGCGGGGAUGUUUUGAAUGAAGAUGAUGGAGGGAGUAGUAAUAGUAGUAUGGGCUGUAGCAUAGCUGAUUAAAACUUACUUUAAUAUCCCUGGUUUUUAGCAGUAGAUUUUAUGGUGAGUUGACUGGAUAGAGAAAUGGUUGCAUGUUCCGCAGCACACCGCCGCCUCCCACACCAGCAUGCAGACUACCUUCCCUAUACUAUCGUACUCAUCAUCUUUAAUUUCUUCACUUUACAUUUUCCUAAAUUUAUUUUAGUUUUAUAAUUUUAUUUUGUUUUUAGAAGUGUUUUCUUGUUAAUUGUGUCGGUAAAUCUUGUGUUGUAGUUGUAUUAAGUGUUGUAAUUGUGUUAGUUUAGUGCAGUUUUAUAGUUUGUGUUAGGAAAAAAAAUUAAUUGUAAACUUUUGAGU